ACGCGCGUCGCGCGAGGACGUGUCUAUAACUUUAGUUCGAAAUUUGAAAAUUAAAAAAAAUGUUCCUUUCCAUUUUUUACUUUUUAAUUUUUUGUACAACGAUUCAAGGAAGUUUCGUAGACGAAGAAUGUUUAAACUACACGGUGUAUCCAGUGCAAUAUGAAAUAACAAUAAUACCUUAUAUUUUUAAAACCGGUGAUUCUUAUUACGAUUGCAAUAUGGUUGUUACUAUAAUAGCAAAUGCCCCGAAUGUUAGAGUCAUAGAAAUGGACGCGAGGGAUUUGGACAUAAGGCGAGAUUCUAUAAAAGUGCUUGAUGGAGAUUUAGACUUAGUGAACAAACAUAGACCUUACGAAGUCGACAAAGUCAGAGGCAAACUGUAUAUAUAUUUAGCUGAUUCUUUAAAACAGUAUAAUGUAUAUAAGACUCAAUAUUUAUUGAAAAUAUCAUUUAAUAAACGUUUGAAGAAAGAAAGUGAUGGAAUAUUUACAUUGGAUUAUAAUGAAGAUGGUACUACCAAAUAUUUGUACACAACACGUCUGUCACCUAACAAGGCGAAAUAUUUCUUUCCCUGCUUUGACAAUCCGCGCUUCGAGGCUGUCUUCAAAUUCAAAGUCUUUCUGCCACCAUCAAGAGUCGACAUGCAAAACUCAAACACAAGUUUGGUAAUAUCUCAAGAGCAACGUCAUUACACGGCUAGUAACAACUACCAAAUAUACGAAUAUAUACCGUCACCACAAGUUGCGUUGUACCAAGUCGGUUUUCAUCAUUCGAAUUUUGGUAAUCGCCGCGUCGUAGCCACAAAAACCAAUGACACAUUAAUUGUCUGGGCACCAAUAUCUACACUAGAGAACUAUAAUUACAUACUCCAAUUCGGAGAGUCGAUUAUAAAUCUUAUCCACGAAUACGCAACCAUCAAUCGACCGCUUGUGUUCGGUCCGAUUAAUUUAGUGGCCGUACCAUCCAUCCUUAAUGGAUACGAGAUAGGAAGUUGGAAUCUCUUGACCAAUGGAGACAACAGACUGAUGUACAUGCCACAGCUGACUAGUAUAAAGCAGAUGGAGCUGAUGAAGUUUGAACUCGCACAGCAGCUGAGCAGGAUAUGGCUUGGAAAUCCCGGAGAGCCCGAGAGAACGAGGUGGAAAGAAGAAUGGUUCAAAGAAGGGGUUGCUACGUAUUUAGCAUAUUAUUUGUUAGCUCAGUACAAUCACGGGGAGCAAACUCUAGGACAAAGUUCACCGAUAGGUAAAUACGGCCUCGAGAUGAAGCACAAGGCGAUGUUAGUGGAUUGGUACCACAGUACGCCAGCAUUGGCAACUUUCAACAGAACCCUGGCUAUCGAAAUACCUUCAAGAUACAAAAGCCUAGUGACAACGAAGACCGCUUCAAUACUAUGGAUGGUCGAGAAUUGGCUGGGAUCAGAAAAGUUUCAAAAGGCAUUAGUAAGAUACAUUAAUUCAAGGAGAGGGAAAUACAUAUCUUUGGAAGAUUUCAUGAUAAGCUUGGAUCAAGAUACGGUGGAAUGUCUUCAUCAGUUCUUCAACGGUUCCACUGCAUCCAGGGUCUUAAAGUCAUGGUUCCAUCAGGCUGGAUAUCCUGUUAUUAACGUACAGGUUCUCAGAGAUAGGAAUCCUAAUGUAAUUCUUCUUAAGCAGAGGCAAUUUAGCUUCACAAACCUCAAUCGUGUGGACUCCAACUAUUUGAUCCCAGUUUCAUACAUAAUGCAAAACAAUGAGAAUUGCUUCAAUUGCCACCAGCCUCGAUUCACUAUCGGCAUGCAGACGUAUUCCUUCGGGGAGAAUCUGGAUGGUGGUUGGAUAAUACUUAAUAGGAAUGCCUCGGGAUAUUAUCGUGUGAACUACGAUACUUACACGUGGAGACUUAUUGCGAAAACAUUAAAGGAAGACCAUCUUGCUAUUGACGAAUUGAACAGAGCACAGAUUGUUAACGACGUAUUUGCGCUAUUUAGCGCUGGGGAUUUGGAUAUAAACAUCGCCAUGACAGUUCUGGAUUAUCUCAAUGAAGAAUUGAGCGACGUAGUUUGGGAUGCUGCUGUUGAUGGUUUUAAUUUGUUGAAGAUAGAUGGCGCUAAUUGUCAUAUGACAAAGACCUUGUAUCAAGAAUGGCAGGAAUUUAUGCGUUCAAAAGUAGCCGCAUUGUACAAACGAUUAAUAGACAACCGCGACCAACGUCCGAACAUACGACUCUUCAGAAGUAUUGUUGUUGAUUUUGCCUGCACCCUCAGAUAUGAACCAUGCUUGAACUACAUGAGAAAGAUUCGUGCACCGCUCGAGAGACAGAGAAUUAAUCCAGAUUUCCGAGAAACGUAUUACUAUGUAUUUCAAAGCGAAUCAAAUGAUAAUAUCGGAAGUGAGGGCCUGAAUCGCUGCGAAUUUGAGGAGAAAAUCAACGCAGAACAUAAAUUGCGGGAACAGAACAGAUUUAUGUACAGAAUACCCAUGGGAACUCCUCGGCCACAGGAACUUGUGCGUUCAACGACUGAGUUCGUGAUAACCACCGAAUCUUCGACAACUGCACAAACUUUAGUAGCAGGACCCGGAGGAUCUGCUUCUAUAAUCUCUUCCUUGUUAACUACAAUCUUAUUAUUAUUAAUAACUAUUAUUAUUAGAUAAAAAAGAUUUAGAUAAAUUACUGGAUAAAUGGAAACCAAUUAAGUAUUUCUGAGACGUAUUAUUUCAUUUAGUAUGUCAAAUUUGAAGACUUCUCAAUAACGAACCGCCUGUAAAAACAAUCUGCCAUCUUUCUCAUAUUCUAUGAAAAAAAUAGAGAAAACAAUAUUAUUUUUUGUGCAAGUGUUUGAUCACGCGUAUUAAAAUGUGUUUUUGUGCCUGUUUAGCACAAAAAAUGUUAUUUUGUAGAGUCAAUUUCAUAGAUCACCUUUGAAAAAUCAUUAAAUGUAACGUUCAAUCAAUUUUUUGAACUCAAAAGUGCUAAAUUGCAAAUUUUUUUUAAGUUUCGGUUACAUAUUUAAAUUAAUGGCCACCAUUAAUCCUUGUUGCAAUGUUGCGUCAUUGAACCCUUUUAUACUAUGUUACAAAAAAAUGUUACAAAAAACCGCUGUGUUACAAAAAUUAUGUUACAAAAAAUUUUUUCUUCAAAUUUUUUUUGAUGUCUGUAUCGAUUCAUUAAUUCUAAUCGAUAUUUUCAAGGACACCUAACCUAACUUUGAAGCUUAAAAUAAUGGACGACAAAUGUGUUCUAUUAAAUUAGCUUAACUGUUGUAUCAAGUAUUACGAGUAUUAAUAUUGCAAGCGCUGCCAUUACUAAGACUAACUUAUUUUAAUAAUAAUAUUAUGUAACUAAAAAAAACUUGCUAAAUUAUUUUAAUCACAUUCCUAAUUUUACUCAGUUUAUUUAUUGGCUUGCUUUUUAAUAAAAAGAAUUA